AUGGAUAAAGAAUCCAAAAUCUGUACGGGUGAUCUAGACUUGUUUUUCUGCUACCAAAACAGCCACGUCGAAAUGGACCACAUGCUGGACGAUGGCAGCUUCGCUGACCUGUCCGAAGCGUUGAGAGCGGUGCACGCUGCACCGUCCUAUUUCAACGACCAAUACAUUACGGAACAAACAUUUCGAGUUUCUUCAAACAACUCAACUGCCUCCUCGUCGCCCUUUACGCCCGGAACUUCUGUCUUGAGACCUAAGCUCGGCAGUCGUUUUUCGAGAGAAGUCAUACGAACUUUGAAAGAUUGGCUUGCAGUUCAUCAUCAACAUCCAUAUCCAAACGAGAAUGAGAUGCUUGCUCUGCAAAAUAGGACUGGGCUUAAUAAAGCGCAACUGACCAACUGGUUUGCAAACGCGCGAAGAAGGGGGAAAGUGCAGAGCGUGCGUCCAGGAUCACCUCAAGCCCGUGAAAAGCCCACAUCGCCCAUAGACAUAAUCCACAGGCCAGGUACUCCAGCGAUAAGAAGUUCUCACGGUUACAAAGAUCCGAUGCAGCGUUGGGUAGAGUCGCCGCCUGAACAUGAACCCGCCGCUGCAAGUGAUAUUGCUCGCGCUAUGGCUUCUACCUCUCAUGUCACAGGAGAUAUUGACCACGUCCAAUCGUGGCAAUCGCCGUAUGCAAGAUCGUCGGCAAGUAGUACCAGAACGUCGCAGUCGAGUGAGUUCUCAGGCCACUGCUCCUCGGGCUCCCAGACCUCACUCAAAAUGCGCCGUGCGCCACGCAAGAAGCGAGGGAGCAGGCGACGUCGGCUGGAGAAAGAGAUUGUCACAACGCCAUUGCUCAUGCCCUACCAGUGCACAUUCUGUACAGAGGUGUUUAGGACCAAGUACGACUGGCAACGGCACGAGAAAUCACUUCAUCUACCGCUUGAAAGAUGGAUAUGUGGACUUUACGGCCCUCGCUCUACCAAAGAGAGCAUUGACGAACCGUGUUGUGUCUUUUGUGGAGCUGUCACACCAGACGAUGCGCAUGUUGAAGCUCAUCACUACUCGGCGUGUCAAGAGCGCAACCUUCGCGAAAGGACAUUCCACCGAAAAGACCACCUAGUUCAGCAUUUACGAUUAGUUCAUGCCGUCGAGUUUUCAGAGUGGUCAAUGGCUUCCUGGAUGCUGCCUAUACCUGACGUUCGGUCGAGAUGCGGAUUCUGCGGCAUAACUAUGAAGACUUGGCUAGAAAGAACCGAUCAUCUCGCAGAUCACUUUAAGUCUGGCACAACUAUGGCUAGCUGGCAAGGAGACUGGGGCUUUGACAGUUUUAUCGAGCCUUUGCUAGAGACCGCGAUGCCCCCAGAUCUUAUUGAAUGGGAAAGAGGCACAUUGAUACCCAUGAAAGGAAGCGAUCCAUCGUGGGGAACGCCGCCCAAUGCUUACGAGUUGCUCAAGGUUGAGACAGAGUUCUUCAUUCAGCGAUACUUUGAUGAAAAUGGGCACCUGCCGGAUAACGAUGCUAUCCAACUCGAGGCUUGUCGCAUCAUCUUUGCUGCUGAGACCACCUCUGGUACGAACUCACAGGGAACUGAAAAACUACAUAGAGUUUCUUGGCUGCGCGAUCUUGUCAUGUCAUCUCCAGCAUUGACAGAGCGCGCUAGGUUCCAACCUGUGCGCUCAGCUCGUGAGAGCAGGCAUUUCCCGCUAAGAAUCAAUGCUAAAGGUCAUCUAUUCGAGCAUUGCCCUAUGGAGGCGCGGCUUAUUAGUUUCGUCGUGGAUCAAACAGUAGCGGGCCUUGUGCCUAAUGAUGCACAUCUGCAUAACGAGGCAUGCCAGAUUGUGAGACAGAUGGAACAAGAGACGACUACACCCUCGGACGUAUUUGCCAACUGGGUCGUAAAAGGCAUUUACUCAGCAGCAAAUUGGCUCGCGAAUUUCAAGCAACGAGCAGCAAUACUUGAUGUAUCUACCGGUGCGUUCUCAAGUUACCCAACUGAUACUUGGUGCGCCCCUUUGUGGGCACAGCCACUUCAUGCGAAUGCUUUGGAAUCGGUACUAGACUCAACGAAUCCAUCCCAGGAGGCUUGUAACUUCUUCAAGCCGUUGUCAGCAUUCUCAGAAGGCCAUCCCACUAUACCUUCACCGACAGCUCAGUCCGACAGUUACGGCCGAGUUCGAACGCUACUCCCCGAUGACGCCAACUUUUACCGCAUCUUCGACAGCGAUAUGAGACGCUGGGCUGCGUCCACGCUUUCGCCCAAGAAUCCGAAUUGUCACAUACCAUCUGAUGAAGAGAUACAACACCAGGCGCGUUGGAUCAUGUACGAUAGCGACGACCAAUGGAACCAGACUCCUGCAGAUUUCCCGGUCUGGUUGUCGCGAUUCAAGAAAGAAGUUGGUAUUACGACAGAUGUCGAAGUCGUUGAUCCCAAGGAGUUAGCAACGCCAGGGAAAUGA